AUGUCCGCAAUCAGUAUGACAUGCGAACUUAAGGACGACACGAUUGUCGUGAACGGCGACCUCAAUAUCUCUUUCUGGCGCACAGUCCGCGUACCUGAUACUCAAGUAUCGAACUGCCUUCCUCCCAACCUUGGCGCCUUUCCUCUCAAGCCUGUGUCGCAACACAGCAAAACCCUGUCUCCAAGCAUGGUCGCCAAGGGGGAUGUGUUUUUUCCCAUGUACCAAUCCGAGGCUAUGUGGAUCAAGUUCAGUACUGUUCACGAAGAUGUGCUGCCAUACAUGAUCAAGAUUUAUGUCGGUGGCGUGAAUGUAAUCUCUGCCGAACCCGCUAUGGAGUCCAUGGUCAGCCGGUUUCGUCGCCAAGUACGACUGCAGCUGACUUCAUCGGACCCUAAGGUCGCAUCUCUCCAAGACUACGUUGUUGUUCUGGAACAGAAAUGGAUCGAUGGGAUAGCUAACGGCGACGGUACAGUUCACCAAUUUGUCGCUGCGCCUCUACAAAGCGGGCUCUCGGUUGAGACGCAAAUAACCGGACAGGACGCAGUAGCUGGGAUACAAAUCGAAAUCACUCCUUACAAGGUCGCUGGACCGCGUGAGUUUUCGGGAAGGCCCAUGCAAAUCUUCCUGAAGCAGCUCAACGGUACAACCAAGACCUUCAACGUCACACAGUUGGAGCCUAUCGAGAACUUCAAGCUCCGCAUUCGCAAGGCAACAGGUAUUCCCACCAGCGUCAUCCGCUUGAUCUAUGCGGGCAAGCAACUCGAAGAUGGGCGUGACUUUGAAGACUACCGCAUCUCCAAGGAAGCCACUAUUCAUAUGGUCCUUCGCCUCCGAGGCGCCGGUUCUUCCCCCAUACCCACGCCCGAGAUGAACAUCGCAGCUGGCGGUCUCAUCAAGCAAACCAUCGUCUUCAACGCUCAGAUCCUCAACUCUGCUCUAUACCAGGCUGUCACAGGUGUUAAAUCUCUUACUAUGCCCAUACGCCACGAGGUGUACACAGCCCACGGGUUUCCAUACUACAAGAUGAACGAGGAGCCAAGCGGCAUUCACGGUAACUUCGGGUUGAUCAAGUCUGUAGAUCAGAUCACGGGUAAAUCUGGAAGCAAGCUACGGCCAAGACCCCUCGAGUAG